GAAGAACACGUGAAGACCGUUCAGGGCCUUGCAGUUUUUGUUGUCUGCUAUAGAUUUCUGUGGCUCCUCAAGAUGUCAGUCUUAAUCGUGGGACUUGGCGUUGUUUUAUUUAUGUUUGGAAGCGUGUCCCUUCAGGCAGAGUUCAGUAGUCUUAAGCCAGAGCCCCCACGUCCUCCGCUGGGGGGCCAGGUGCUGAAGCUUCUGCCUGAGGAACGUCUCAGGAACCUCUUUACCUACGAUGGCAUCUGGCUGUUCCCGAAAAACCAGUGCAAAUGUGAAGCCACCGAAGAGCAGGAAAGUUAUAACUUUCAGGAUGCCUAUGGCCAGAGCAACCUCCCAGCGGUGAAAGCGAGGAGACAGGCUGAAUUUGAACACUUUCAGAGGAGAGAAGGGCUGCCCCACCCACCGCCCCUGCUGGCUCAGCCCAACCUCCCCUUUGGGUACCCAGUUCAUGGAGUGGAAGUGAUGCCCCUGCACACAAUUCCCAUCCCAGGUCUGCAGUUUGAAGGACCGGAUGCCCCAGUCUAUGAGGUCACCCUGACAGCUUCUCUGGGGACACUGAACACCCUUGCUGACAUCCCAGACAGUGUGGUGCAGGGCAGAGGUCAGAAGCAGCUGACCAUUUCAACCAGUGACCGGAAGCUUCUGAAGUUCAUACUCCAGCAUGUGACUUACACCAGCACAGGGUACCAGCGUCACAUGGUGGACAUGGUGAGUUUGCAGUCCAAGUCCUCCGUGGCCAAGUUUCCAGUGACCAUCCGCCAUCCUGUCAUACCCAAGUUAUAUGACCCCGGACCAGAGAGGAAGCUCAGAGACCUGGUGACCAUUGCCACCAAGACUUUCUUCCGCCCCCACAAGCUCAUGAUCAUGCUCCGGAGUAUUCGAGAGUAUUACCCAGACUUGACAGUGAUAGUGGCUGAUGACAGUGAGAAGCCCCUGGACAUUAAGGACAGCCACGUGGAAUAUUAUACCAUGCCCUUUCGGAAGGGUUGGUUUGCCGGUAGGAACCUGGCUAUAUCUCAGGUCACCACCAAAUAUGUUCUCUGGGUGGAUGAUGACUUUCUCUUUAAUGACAAGACCAAGAUUGAGGUGCUGGUGGAUGUUCUGGAGAAAACUGAACUGGAUGUGGUAGGGGGCAGUGUGCAGGGAAAUGUGUUCCAGUUUAAGCUGUUGCUGGAACAGAGUGAGAACGGAGACUGCCUUCACAAGAGGACAGGAUCUUUCCAGCCCCUGGAAGGCUUCCCCAGCUGUGUGGUGACCAGUGGCAUUGCCAACUUCUUCCUGGCCCACACAGAGCGACUCCAAAGAGUUGGCUUCGAUCCCCGCCUGCAACGAGUGGCUCACUCAGAGUUCUUUAUUGACGGGCUAGGGAGCCUGCUCGUGGGGUCAUGUCCAGACGUGAUGAUAGGUCAUCAGUCCCGAUCUCCAGCAGCGGACCCAGAUCUGGCCACACUGGAGAAGAUCUACAGCACGUACCGGACUAACACCGAUGCCCAGAUCCGGUUCAAGCUGGCUCUCCACUACUUCAAGAACCAUCUUGAAUGUACCACAUAAAGGUGCAGGGAGGGACACAGGAAAAGCACUAGGCUGACCGCUUGUGGGUGUCUGCAACGGUGGUCAGGGCCACGAAAAAGUGGACCCCUGGUAAGAAGAGCAUCAUAAAGAAUCAGCUGGUGAGCAAAGCAAAGGGCCUUGGCACAAGUUACUGGAAGUACCAAUCAAAGGUUAAGGGUCAUUAGAAAUAGGGCAAUCACUGAUUGGGGCAAAGGAGAAUGUAUUAAUAACCAUUUAAUAACCUUA